AUGGCGCCGAGAAAAGGGAGUCUGGAAGCAGCCUUCGCGCGGAAGGAGAAAGUUGAGUCAUUGACAACACCACCCAGCAAGCAAAGUCAAGCCCCUGCUGAAGAAGCAGAUGGCACUCCGGAAGCCCCCGCCAAGCGGAGGCGGCUCGAAAAAGGAGUGCCUCAGACGACUCCCACCAAGUUGAAGGAGACGGACAAAGUGCUUGAGAAGUUUCCAGAGGUGACAGCAUCUCACCAGGGUGAAACCGGUCCAUGGUCGCUUUGGCACGGUAGCGGGGGUGCUGGAAAGAAGGCGAAGGAGUUGCAAUCUCCAGCUUUUGAUCCGAAGCUUCGCGAAGAAGAGUUCCCCGUUGGAAAGCCGGUCAGCUUCUCCCUGCUUUCUGGAGCUUUGCUGGAGAUAGAGGAGUUAAAGGGAAGCGGGAAGGGUUCGCGCAAGACGAUGACGGUCAUCCUGAGCAACUUGUUUCGGCUUCUGAUGCACGUGCAGCCACAGGAUAUCAUUGCCACAGUUUACAUCCUCAUCAAUAAGGUUGCACCGGAUUACGAGGCAGCUGAACUGGGCGUUGGUGACUCCAUAAUCAUCAAAGCGCUUUGUGAAAACUUUGGUCGGUCGGAGGCCACCAUUAAGCAUGCCUUGGCAUCUGGGGAGGCGAAGGAUCUCGGGGAGGUGGCGCUGCAGAGCCGCAUGCCCGGUGGCUUGAUUUGGCUAUUGUUGCUGCUGUUUGGUUUCCGGCAACCGAGGGAGGCAGUCCAGCGUGCAAUCACAGAUGCUGUAACGAAAGGUUCAAGCAUGAUCCGAAAUGCGUCAGCUGGAACUCUUGACAGACUGCGGCAGCUUAAAUCCAGAAAAGGGCAGCAGGGAGACAGGGGAGACUUUGAGAUGGCCUUGGAAGAGACGAUGACUGCGCUGGAACCGGCUCGGCACUUGGCGCAGGCUGAGACUGAGAAAGCACCUUCCCAGCCUUCCCAGCCUUCCCAGCCCUGCUUGCAUCCGGACGAAAACCGUCGAGAUCGCAUCUUCCAAUUCAUUAACAAGAACAUGGACAUGCUGUUGGUCGGGUUCCUGGGUUACAAGCUCGGCCUUUUAGUUCUGUACACGAUGCCCAUGUCAUACGGCUUUGGCAUCAAAGCAUUGUUCCUGAAGUGGGCAUCUCGUGCCAACCUAUUCCGGCUGUACUUGCGCCUUUCACCGCUGGUUUGCCUUGGUUUGGUGGGUAUGGCAAGUGCUGCAGUCCAGCAUUUUAAUAGGACCGAGACGCUUGAUGCUACGAAGAUUCUCCGGUGGCGAGUGCUUGCCAUCUUAAAUGGAAUCUUGACUUAUUGCACGUCCCGUCUCUUUGAGCUCAUUCGUGGCGAUCCGAGACCUUUCAUCGCACUGGAGGAAUCUGCCCAGGAUCGGGAUUUGUUAGCCUUCGAAGCUCCGGCCAAGGGAAGUGCACUGCAAAGGAUGCUCAGGGCGCUAUUCUGGCCCCAGCGCAAGAUGAGUCCCCCCCAACUCUUUGGUUUGGAAGAGCUAGGGUCAGACAGAAAGCGCCUGCUCUUCGUCGGAAACCAUGCUAUCUUGGGCAUCGAUGCCUCGCAGCUGCAUGCUGAUGUGAUCCAUGGUUUGUUCGAGUCCAGAAAGAUGUCUUCCUUCUGUAUACCGGGAGUGCACAUGUUCUUCUCUGCCAGACUGACGCAUUGCAAGCAUGAGGGCCGACAUUUGGCCUCGACCUCUCGGGGAACACGCGUGGUUUUCAGUGAUCUGUUGAUGGAUCAAGGCUGCUGCCUGCUGGUCUAUCCAGGUGGCGCUCGCGAAGCGUGGAAGAGAACAACAGACAAGCCGUACGACAUUCUGUGGGGUGAAAGCACUCUUGGGUUUGUCCGCAUGGCAGUUAGACAUGGCUACACCAUCGUUCCUAUCGCCACUGUUGGUACAGAGGACAUCGUUAAACCCGUAUAUGACGUUCCACUUCGGGACGUCCUGACCGCCGGAGGGAUGCUGAAGCCUCCGGAGAGCAGCUCAAAAGCAUUCGAAGAGGGAGCACGGUUUCCUGUCGUGAUGCCAAAGCCGGGGCAC